CAGCGAGAGUUCCUGCUGUUGGUGCGGCAGCGCCGGUCAUCCGUGCGGUUGGGGGAAGGCCGGGCGGCGGUGAAUUCUGGCACCCCGCUGUUUUCUUCUUGUGGGAAUGUCAUGGCACAAAUUGCGAAACAGGGCGUGAUUCCCGUUGCGUGUGACGUGGAGAUCUCACCCCAUGACGAUAUUGGCGGAUUGUUGGUGGAGAAAAAGGGAAAAAACUCACGUGGGAUGGGACGGUGUGAUUACGAGCAGCUCCUGAAACAACAACGAUACGAACAACAGCGGAAGCCGUCAGUUUCAUUAGAUAUUCUUUUCACCAUUCUCACCGACCUUUCGCGUGGACCACGUGGUGAGGCGGGGUUGGAAGACUUUGCCAGGGUGUUCACGACGUAUAUUGCGAGAGAGUACUUUCUCCUGCGUCAAAGAAUGGAUGGGAAUGCGAUGAAUGUCAUGCGAUUUAUGCAGAAUCCCCAUCAACUGGGCCCACGUAUUUAUCAGCGACGGCGUCUCCCGGUAAGCUGUGCAUAUGCGACUGACGUAGCGGGGUGGUUUCUCACGCCUGCGGAUCGUCAGUCCGUCAUGACGUCCUUGUCCCAUAUAAAUGAGGGCGUGGAGAUGGAGGCAUUCAACUCGGCGGAGCACGGCGUCUUUGAAUACAUGCGCUCAUUGUGUCUGUAUCUGCAUCUCCUUGCCCUUACUGUGCAUGUCUUUCAUCGAUUUCGCAUGCACGGGGACAGCGAGAUGCGUGACGGUGUGCGGCAGCGGCGGCAGCAACAACAACAACAACAUGGUCGUUGUGGAUGUGAGGAAGAUGUGGAGGAGGAAGGAGGAGAUGCAGCGCAAUGGAGUGAGCACCGUAGCCAGGAUGCAGAAGCGCGCCUGGCAGAACGUCAACUACAUGCGGAUACGCGGCAAACAGAUCCGGAUAGCGUCAACAUGAACCUCCUGGAGAGUUCGCUUCUUCAUUUCCUGAAUGUCAGUCUGGUGCUUGUGGACCACACCGACUUGAUGAUACACCGUGCGACAAGUAUUGCCACUGCACCAGACAGCGAUCACGAGCACGCGCGUAAGGCACUUCUUUACGCAGAUGAACUGCGUCUGAUGGUUGCUGUGGCUCUGCAGGACACCAUUCGUGUGCUUCUCCGGGAUGCUCCGCUGCGGGCUUCGUUUGCCCGCCGCGUCGUUCAUCGUAUUAUUUGCAGUUUUUCGUGCGAAAUUCCCCCGGAGGCGUCAUGGAAUGGAGCCGCGGCGGGCAAACAGAAGGAACAUUCUUCUCAGGAGCCUUCUGUGAACAUGAUGGCGCUGGAUGCGUGGCGCUCCAAGCGGCCAGAGCUCUUUGUGCGAUCCCCCACGCUGUUGUGUCUUCUGUCGCCAUCGUUCUUUAACGAGGUGCUCUCGCAGAACAUCCGCAACGCUCUGAGCCUCACACUGACACAAGUUGUUGCCUCCCUUCACUUUUACCUUCGUCGUACGGAUGCCCAUUUGUCACCAUUGAU